CAUCACAGCCUGAAGAGAGGCACGGCCAAGGGGAGGAAUGUGACGGGGAGAGAAGUUGAGAAAGGAGAGAAAAAGGUUCUGGGAGAGAGGAAAUGGAUAGACAGGAAAUCCUCCAAGGCAUCAGAGGAUGCCAGUGAUGAUCUGACGAGAGACAGAACGGAGAGAAAGAGCGUAAGUUUUCUUGACUCUGUCAGUGUGAUCUCAGCGGGCGGAGGAGACAGCAGUACUUCCACCAGACCUAUGGAGGUGGAGGCCCACCCUGAGACCUGCUACCCCAGCCAAGGGCUCAACAGCCUGGGCAAGAAACACCAGACUCAGCCCCUGGACACAGAGGUGGCCCAGGAGAUAGCAUACCUGGAUGAGGUGUUGGAGGCUAACUGCUGCGACCCAGAGGUUGACACCAUGCCAUUGCCCUCUAACGGGACAGAGAAACCUGAGAGAGACCCCAGGGAUGUCAGUAUUGACGGAACUGGGCUGUCCGUCCACAUCUCCAACACAGACACACAAUCCCCACAGACCAACCAUGAGGUCACAGUAGAGGGCAGGAAGCAAACCACCUUCAUAGACCACCAGGAAGUCAAUAACACCAGUAACUCCAAACCCGAUGGCCACUCUGGACCAAUAGGAGAGCAUGAGAACUACAGGAACCAGGGAGGAGAGACAACAUCCCCCACUGUGAUGACCAUCAAGAAGGAGGCACGUUUCGAGCUGCGGGCCUUCCAGGAGGAGAAGAAGCCUUCCAAGCUGUUCGACCCAUGUGAGAAGGAGGUGCGUGUGAAGAAGGUCCGUCCGUCGGAGGAGGUGGCAGAGCUGGAGAGGGAGCGGCUGGAGCUGAUCCGAGGCCAGGCCGUGAAGAAGAACCCUGGCAUGGGCACAAAAUGGUGGAACCCUCCUCAGGAGAAGAGCCUGGAGGAGGAGCUGGAGCCAGACAAACUUGAGUCACACAGGAAGUACGAGGAGAGGAAGCAGCAGCGGAGGUCAGAGUACAACUGGGGGUCGUCCCAGACGUACGCCCAGUACUCCAUGACCUUUGAGCCCGGCUUUGACCCUGAGUCCAACCGGGACCCGGCAGAGGUUCUCCAGAGCACCAAGGAGGACAUCCUGGUGGAGCAGAUAGACUUCUCCGUCGCCAGGAAGCAGUUCCUCCAGAUAGAACACGCCAGGCAGCAGCAGGCCGAGAGGUCACAGGUCACAGCCCCGAAAAGAGGCGUGGCACCUCAGCUCUACUCGGCCAAGCCCUUCUCCAGAGCGCCAGACAGCGUCACCCAUGUGGAUAGAUCCUCCAGCUCCGCCACAGUAGGCUACAGUAGUUGCCUGGGCUCGCCACUAGAGGCCAACGACGUCACCACACCCACAACUACAGUCAGGACAGAGGGGAUCUACUGCAUCCAGGGAGAGGCCCAGUCCCCCACUACUACCUUGGGACAGGAAGAACCCAGGAACAAGGAGGCCACGAUGAACAACAGAGGAGGCGAUGGAGACUUCACCAGCGCCCGGGCCGUCAUGACCAUCCUGAAAGAUGAGGGAGACUCUGAGACGUUUUCCUCAUCCCUGCAGCAUCGUUCCUCCUCCCAAUCCUUCCACUCCCCCAGCGCCUCCCUGUCCUGCCACCCAGAGGAGUGUGACUCUGGACUGGACGAGCUCUCCCUGCGUUCCCAGGAUACUACUGUUCUGGAGACCCUGUCCAACGACUUCAGCAUGGACAACAUCUCCGACAGCGAUGUGUCAAAUGAGACCAUGUCGGCCUAUCUGGGGGAGACGUCUCUGGGGGAGUACUCCUUCCCCUCCACCCCCCAGGCCACCACGCCCGUCAAUGGCAAGAUGGAGGAAGACACCCUCAGAUCCCUCGGGGAGCGGCGCCUGGGUCGGGAUCCGGAGGAGGAGGAGCUGGAGUACCAUGCAGAGCUCCUGGUGCAGAGUGCCAUCCAGCAUGCCCUUAUGAACCAGUCUCAACAGGGAGAAGAGUGGCAGGGGGUCCCCCGCGCCAUCCCACAGUCCUUCCCCUACCACCUCCCAGAGAGGCACCUAGACUUAGAUGUCCUGCCACCAUCUUCUGGGAUGCUCUCACCUCUACCCCCAGAGCACCAGUCACCCACACUCCUAGACCACCCUCCAGCAUUCCUGGCCCUCCACUCACCUCCAUCCCCCCAGCUCCACUCACCUCCAUCCCCCAGCUCCACUCACCUCCAUCCCCCCAGCUCCACUCACCCCCCAGCUCACUGCAGCAGUGGCCAACACCCCAUCAGUCCGUCCAGUCACCCCCACCCCAGUACCAAUCAAGUCCAUCACAGACCCCCCAGCAACAGUCACCACAAGCUCAGUUCCAGUUAACUCCAACCCAACAUCAGUCUCCUCUCCCACAGCAGCAGUCCCCCCCAGCCCAGAUUGAGAAACCUACCUAUGCCCCCCCUCCCCGGAGGUCCUCUUCCGGAGGUCCUAAAAUCCUUGUCCAGUCCGCCCUCAG